AUGGUAGAGGAGUGUCGUUGGCUGGGUGAGGCACCAGACGAUCCAUGCCUCGACAAAACCCGUCGCCUAGUCAUUCCGUGUUUGCGCCGCAUCCAGCUGGACUCGUCCUCCUCUUUCCCCCGGUCGUCGGCACGAGUCGAGAAGAUGCAAGCCGCCGCUCUCGAUUCUUCUCCAUCGACUCUCCGCAUUUUACAUGUACUCGAUGAUGCACGCAAGUCCGAGAGUGCACGAUGGUCAAAGAGGGAUCGUGCCUUCCAAAAGGAUCGUCGGCUUCGAUCUCGUGCAGCACGAGAGAAUCCGGUCGACUCUGUCGAUUGGAAUGUUCCUGGCACCGAUGAACGUUACUACUUCACACACGAACGGAAGACUGCCGUGCAACCCGCCUAUCGUGCGAACGCGAUGUGGAACCCUCGGGGCGUCAUCCCGGUUGGAGUGCCGAGGCAGGCUCGCGAGUAUAAGAUGGACCAUCCGCGAAGGGGGAAGGCCCUCCUCUUCAACCAGAAAACGUUUCAGUCCGACCUGGACCUUGGGGUGCGGGGGGGCACGGACAAGGAUCGGGAUGCCCUCCUUUGCGUACUCGGUUUUCUUCGUUUUGAGAUUCAUCUUUUCGAAGAUAAAUCCUUGAAGGAGAUAAAAGAAGUCAUCGAUAAUGUCGCAGCGGAGAAUCACGAGCAGCACGACUGCCUCGUCGUGUGCUUCCUGAGCCAUGGGGAACACGGCUUGGUCUAUGCAUGCGACCAAGCUUUUCAGCCUUCGUGCCUUUGGGUCCCGUUCGCUGCCGAUCUUUGUCCCACCUUGGCUGGGAAGCCAAAAUUGUGUUUUAUUCAAGCAUGUCAAGGAAAACUUGCGGACGAGGGAGUGACCCUCAAGUGCAACCUGACCGACACGGAUUCGAGGCAGGAAGCCGAUUCUUACCGGAUCCCAGUCUUCGCCGACUUUCUCAUCGCGUAUUCCACUGUUCCAGGCACGAUGCUCGUCCACCUUCAUCUCACCAAGAGUGUCGAUACCAUGGUUCUGAAUACCACAGGGAUUUUAAAUUUGUUAGAUGUCUGUGUCCCAACACAGGCUUCAGUUACACUUCUCAACGGUUACUAUUCCUGGCGAAACACGUUGAACGGAUCGUGGUUCGUCCAGGCCCUUUGCGAGGUCCUCCUCGACCAUUCCCACGAGGAAGACCUGAUGAGCAUGAUGACGGAGGUGGCCCGUCGGGUGGCAUUCGACUUCGAGUCCAACCUCCCUAUGGACGCGAAGAUGCACAGGAAGAAGCAGGUGCCUUUCCUCACGAGCACACUCACCCGUCGGGUCUUCUUCGAUACCGUGCGGAGUUCCGUCAUUCCGAUUCCGUCAUGA